AAGGGAGGAGUUCUUAUUGACACCUCCCCCUCCACCGGCUUUCUUUUCCUAAGCUCUCUGAAACACAGAGAGAGCACAUGGCUGCCUGGUUUUGAAACCGACCUCACUCAUGGUGGUAGAGGACAUGUGCGCCUGUGCAGUCCCUCCCCUGGCAAGUGCAGCAGAAAAACGGAAGCAGAAUAUUCUGUAGGUCUUCAUUUGCUCACUUCUGCUCGCAUCAUGUCGCUGCUGACUCACGUGCUGGCGUGCCUGUUUGGAAUGGGCUCCUGGGUGGCCAUCAAUGGGAUGUGGGUGGAGCUCCCCUUGAUCGUAAAUGAUAUCCCAGAGCGCUGGUUGCUGCCCUCCUACCUCACAGUCCUCAUCCAAAUGGCCAAUAUAGGCCCUCUCUUCAUCACACUGAUGCACCGUUUCCGCCCAGGGGUGCUCGAUGAGCGGCCGGUCAUCUACGGCAUUGUAGGAUUGGGCAUCGUUGCUACAUUCCUUCUGGCUUUCCUUUGGAAGCACACAGUGACCUUCGGAAGCUCUUUGCAUAGUGUUCCACUGCUGACAUUGAGUUUCCUGCUAUCUGUGGUGGACUGCACCUCAUCUGUUACCUUUCUUCCUUUCAUGAUGCGGCUGCGUCCACAAUAUCUCACAACGUAUUUUGCAGGUGAGGGCCUCAGUGGUCUCGUGCCUGCAGUGGUGGCACUUAUUCAAGGCGUUGGUGUAGUUCACUGUGAAAAUGCCACUUUAUCUAAUAAUUCCAACAUAACUGACAAUGGAAUGCUAAAGGCCAUCUACCAGCCUGCUAAAUUCUCUGCGCAGGUCUUCUUCAUAUUCCUUAGUGUAAUGAUGGUCGUGUGUCUGGUCGCUUUCCUUCUACUCAAUCACCACCCAGCUGUGGCUCAUGAGAGAAAAAGUGAACGGUACUUCAGUGGGGAACUUGAUCGUGAGAAGAAAGAACAAGGCCUAUCUCUGAAUGCCCAGACACCAGAGCAAAAGCCCAUGAUCAGCCCCUCAGAGGCUGGCAAGAGGGAACCUAAGAGUUCUUUCGGGAGGGGGACAUAUAGUAUCUUUGAGGUGGUGUUUAUCUUUGUAGUGUUGGCUUGGGUCAAUGCUCUGACCAAUGCAGUGCUGCCUUCAGUGCAGUCCUACUCAUGCAUGCCUUACGGGAACAAGGCUUACCAUCUAGCUGCCACCAUGGGAGCUGUUGCUAACCCUGUGGCUUGCUUCAUCGCCAUGUUCAUACCAAUAAGGUCUCUUGUCUUCAUGGGAGUUUUGACCAUUUUUGGGACUGGAUUUGGAGCCUACAUUAUGGGCAUGGCUGUUCUAAGUCCCUGUCCUUUGCUGGUCCACAGUACCUCUGGAACUGUAGUCAUAGUGCUGGCCUGGAUACUCUUUGUCCUCACCCUGUCUUAUGUCAAAGUCAUCAUUGGGGUGAUCCUGAGGGAUGAAGGCCACAGUGCCCUCGUGUGGUGUGGAGCUGUAGUGCAGCUGGGUUCAAUGCUCGGUGCUCUAACCAUGUUUCCACUUGUUGGUUUCUAUCAGCUUUUUGAGUCGGGUGAUGCUUGCAACACUAAGUGUCCAACAUAGAUGUAAAAGGUGUCUAAGGCUACGUUCAUAGUGCAGGUCUUAAUGCUCAAUUCCGAUUUUUUGAUCAAAUCCGAUUUUUUUGUCUGCUUGUUCACACUACAAAUAAAAUGCGACAGCAAACGCGCUCUAGUGUGAACCCUCAAAGCGGCCCGCAUGCGCAAAAGAAGACGUCACACACAACGCGCUCUGUUUAGAUCCAGACCAAACAGUAUUGUUUGGCUGAUGGCCCUUAAUAUAAAGACUUGUUUCGGACUUUACGUUUCCCAGUUUUGUUUUAAGUUAUUUUAUUAUUUACAUAUGGCCUAAUAAUUAUCCUUAUUGCUGUUUUAGAGAGGAGCGGUGCUUCAAAGGAUAGUUGCAGAUUUCUGUCAGAAUCUGCUGAUUAUACAGUACAAAUAAAAUGUUCACAUUUCUCCAACGUUGUCUUCCCAACAGUUUCACUAACAUCUACACUGGAUGGCCAGGAAGCGUUCACGAUGUCUUCUCAGGCGCUUCUCCGGAACUGAUAAUUGGCGUCUGUCUUGUGUCAGUGACGUAAAAGACGGAUUUAAUGCGACUUGACCAUUCAAACAGCAGUCACUUUCUAAAACAUCAGAUAUGUAUCGGAUUCAGUACCACAUACGAAAGUGACCCAGAUCGGAUUUGAAAUUAUCGGAUUUGUGCUGUUCACACUGUCAUAUCAUGAUCGGAUAUGGAUCGCAUAGGGUCAAAAAAAGUGGGAUUUGAUGCGCUUUCGCCUGCAGUGAGAACGUAGCCUAAGUUCAACUCUGCUGUACAGAACUCUAGUAUUAAUUGCACUUGUUUUAGUAGAACUGCACUUAUUCCAACUUGUUGUAAGAGAGCUGGCAAGUUAUAGGUGAAAUUCCACCACAGUAUCACUCCGUGUUUUUACCUAAGUUGUGUUUGUAAAUGUCAUAUACUUUAUCAGUAGUUAAUGGUGUAUGAAGUACACAUACACCCAGUGCUUAACAAAUGUAUUAGACCACCUCUCAUAAAAACAAGAAAACACAAAUAAGUUUGAAUUCACAAUUUUAUACCCAAAUCUGAAUGGGCACACUGGACCUUAUCUGAGAAGUCAGAAUCAAGCACAACAUUCAACCACUAAAACAAACUUUUCUGUUCAGUAAUACAAGUAAAUGAGUAUAAUUUGUCAUCUUAAUUUAAAAACGAGCUUUAUUUUUAUUUAUUUAUUUUUUUUUGUGAAACACAAAAUUUGAGAAGUCUACUUGCAAAAACUGAUGCAGUCUCUUUAAUUCAUUACAGAAACAUAAAAUAAUGAUUUUGGUAAUUACCAGUAUUAUUAAUAUAGAGCUGCUGUGGCACAAACCUUACAUUGGAUGGUAAUCUAAUAAAUUUGUUAAGCACUAUAUCCAUCUAUAGUGUAUCAGACUACAAAAAGACCAAACUAAAUAGUGUUCUGCCACUGAAUAUAUUACAAAACCUUGUCAGUUCAAAGGUCAAAACUAUUUUACUUGAAGUUUGAACAUCAUGUCAGAUGAUGAUGUUCAACGUAUACUUUAUUGAUUUUGCUUUAUAAGAAGUCAUGGUACUGUCGCCUUUAAAAUGUGCCUUAAUUCUAUAAAAUGACCUGGGCAUUUUUGGGGGUAGACUACUGUGUUGUUUAAAUAAAACUACAAUGUGCUUUGUAUAUGUUACUGAAGUGGAGAAACUGUUGAACAACACCAAAUAAAACAUUUGUUUAAUU